UAUCUUCCCGCCAUUUUGCUCAAAGGGAGAGAGAGAAUCUGAGAGGGGGAGAGAACGAAACCCUAAGAGAGAGAAUCUGAGAGGGGGAGAGAGGUUGCUUGAUGGAAGAGGAAAUCAAAGAAGAAUUUAAGAAGAGCGGGUUCUCUCUAGACGAUGAAGAAGAAGUCCUCAAGAAAUGUCUUACUUUCUGUAUAAAUUACAAUCUGAAGCCAUCAGACCUCGUCUCGAGCUGGGAGGUUUACUAUCUCAAUAGGCUACUUGAUGAAUCGACGGUUCGAAAUGCUGAAAUGGAUGGGUUUUUGUUGCACCUGCAGAAUGAACAGAAAGAAGCCGUUGUUAAAGAGGAACCCGAUUUGUACAUCUAUUCAAGCAAAGAUGUGGACAUGAUCUUGAAUUACGAUGAAGAAGAUAUGAAAGAAGAAGUUCCCGGGACCCCAACAGACAAAUCUUUAAAACUCAACUCAGAUCCAUUCAAUUCAACACCCAAAUCGUAUGGAAAUGGCUAUUCUUCUGGUAAACCAUCAAAACUUGUGACACCGUUUGGACGGCGGACUGAUAAGUUUGUAGUCAAAUUCAACAUCAAUAGCCUUCCUGUGGUGGAUAACAAUGAUGGUGAGCAUGACCAUGGGAAUCUUGAGGAUGAAAUUAUUAGGAGGGCUCAACCCUGCAAGAGGUGUUCUUUGAUGGUCCAUAGAUUGGGGCCAGAACCUGGUUGCAGGUUCAUGUAUGACAAGAUUGAAGAUAGGUUUAAUGCACUAGAAAAUCGCAUUAGAAAGCAUGCAACUGUGCUCUUUGCUUCUGGGCUGUAUAAGGAACCAAUGGACCCAACAGUUGCUUCACAGAGAAAUAUAUUUGCUGUCGGAAUGAUCUGUUGUGAUGGAGAAGGGCGUUUAAAUGAGAAAUCCAUCAUGUUGCAAAGCAGUGUUGAGCAUUCUGGAGGCUGCAAUGUUCGUUUAGAAUUGCAUAACUUGAGCCAAUUCUCCAUUUUUCCAGGACAGAUUGUAGGUAUUGAAGGUCAAAAUCCUAGUGGACAUUGUUUGAUUGCAUCUAAACUGGUGGACUCAGUUCCUUUAUCUGCCACUGUUGCUGUGAAUCAGCAUCCUACAAAGAAGCAAGCUUUGGAUCUGGUGGUUGAGUCAACCGAUUCUUCUUUUGUACAAAAGGAGAUAUCAGCUCUUAUUGCUUCGGGCCCUUUCACCACAACAGACAACUUAUUCUUUGAGCCUCUGACAGAGCUGCUUGCAUAUGCGGGCAGAAAGUUACCACAAUUACUUGUACUGAUGGGACCAUUCAUCGACUCUGAACAUCCAGAGGUUAAGAAAGGGGCUGUAGACAGGAGCUUUGAUGAGUUGUUUUGUCAGGAAAUUCUGAGAAGGUUGCAAGACCAUGUGGAAUAUGCUGGCUCUAAUGUGCGUGUGAUUCUUGUUCCAUCUAUACGGGAUGCUCAGCAUGAUUUUGUUUUCCCACAGCCUGCUUUUGAUAUUCAUCUCCCCAAUCUCGAACAUCAGAUAACUGGUCUCACAAAUCCAGGAAUUUUUGAAGCAAAUCAGGUCAAAGUAGGCUGCUGCACAGUGGACAUUCUAAAACAGAUAAGCGGCGAGGAGAUGUCACGAAAUCCAACAGAUGGAACACCCAGUGAUCGAAUGAGUAGACUUGCAAACCAUAUUAUCAGUCAGCGCAGCUUUUAUCCUCUAUAUCCGCCAGCUGAAGAAGUUCCAUUGGACUUUUCACUUGCUCCAGAAGCUCUUCAGAUUACCUCGAUUCCAGAUAUUCUCAUCCUGCCUUCAGAUAUGAAGUACUUUAUAAAGGUGUUGACCCUUGGUGAAGGGGAAGAGCAAAGGAAGUGCAUUUGCAUAAACCCAGGAAGACUGGCAAAGGGAGAGGGAGGUGGCACUUUUGUAGAGCUUAACUACCAAGGAAGUCCUGACAAGAUGAAUGCUUCAAUUAUAGGCAUAUAAAUCUUCGACGCAAGCUCUUUUAAGUAAUGUACCAAACUUGAAUGUUCCUCCAAAUGGCUCAGCAGCUGGUGCACAAUAUCAGAAUUGAAGGUCUAACACAGCUAAGUUAAAAUUUGUUGGAUCAACAUUGUAAUAGAAGUUAAACUAAAUGCAUAGGUUGAGUGAUUUGGGAGGAUUUCAGACUUCCCGUCCUCCUGAUGCUGCAUUAGUGCCAGUGAUGACCCCCGUAAUCGACUUGCUAUCUCGUAACAAUCGAACAGUAUAUCAGCUGUACAAGUGAUUUGGUAUUAGACACAAUGUUGUAUUCACUCACUUCCUUUCAAUGUUCUAUGCAGUUAUCAAUUUGCUCUUACAGAAGAAACUACUGCAAAGUCAUUUAAAAUAAGAGUUCAGUUUUCAAGUAUAAUUUUGUCCAAGAUAUAGAUCAAAGAAGUAAUAACUGCUUCAUCUCUGUAAAACAAAAUCAUUUCAUUGAAUGAAUGAACAAACAAACAAAUGUUCUGUCCUUGCCAAAAAUUCUCACAAGCUUGCAGGAACAUUCAGACAAGCACUAGUAAAUUGGGCAAUGUGAGAAGCAGAGGAAGUCCGUGUGCUCCAUUUAACAAGCGACAAACACAGUGUUGCUACAUGGUGAAGUAUGAAGAGAGUGUCAUUAAGGUAGAAUACCAUGUAGUGAAGGAGGUCCACCAAGAACUAAAGCCAUGCUGAGCUCAAGCAUUGUGUUUCGAAAGCGGAGAGGCAAAGGUAAGUGAGGUUUGGCUGUGUAGCAGUACUGCACGGACAGCCAUAAUAACCGCAGGACUGACAUGACGAGCAAGAGACGUGAAGCAGCUCGAAGCUUCUUUUCGCUGUUUUGGUUCCCAGUUUCGAAGAAUAACAAAAUAAGCUAAAAAAUACGUAGAGAGAAACAAAAGAAAGAGUAUGAGCAGGGUUGGGAAACAGAGAAGUGGAAUAUGCAUUUCACCUGACUGCAGGAAAUUAACACAAGAUUGAUGCUUUUCAAGGCUCAUGUUAUUACAUUAAGGACAGAGAUUGAUACACCUAUGAAUGGAUUGAAACAAGCUUCAGAAAUCUCUUACUGCUCCAAAAAAUGGUUCCGAAUUCUUUCAAUCUAAGGAGGUGAAGGAGGCUUUUUUCUUUUUCCUUCCAGAUUAUAGCCCGCCCAUUACAAAACAGAACGACAUCAAAGAUACUUUCAUUUUCUCUGAAA